AUGAGCUUAAAACAGACGAGCAAGUAUGGGUCUCAAAAGUCUUUUAGGAACCAUAACUACACAUCGAGAAAUGACCCUAAUUACGACAAUAUCACCGACAGGUUCAUUUCAACGCUAGAGGAUAAUGGAAAUCAAGGGUACUAUCGAAGUUUUAUAACUAAUUCUUCGAGAUUCCACAAUAAGCAAAAUGAAAUAAGAAGCCCAAUAACUGGCGAAAACGGGUUCUUUGAGAACCCAUUUCUGAUUCGUGAUGAUAACUUUCUUCUGAGGUCAAAUCAAGAGUCAUCCACAAGACAAACUGGUAAUUUAACAGAAGAUGAAAUCGCAAGACGAUUUGACGACCUCUCUGUUAACGACAGAUCAGAGUCAGAGCCAUUUCCGAGAGAAGACGCUAGUGUCCAUAAAGUAAGUGUUGCGAAAGCUUUGGGGUUUCGUAUUAAGUCCCGAAUCCUGAAUUUUAGGCCGUCCAAAGUGUCUAGUCUGAGAAAAAAAGCCAUUGCAGACAUGAUUGAGAAUAAACAGCCAUCUCAAUCGGACAUCGGCGGUAGCACGAUUGCAAGUCCUCCCAGUUUGAGUAAUACCUCAAAAGAGAAAAUCAAAACGGAGGUCAAAUUCAAGGUUUUGGAUGCUCCAGGACUGAGGAACGAUUUCUAUGCCAAUGUAGUUUCUUGGGGCAAGAAAAGUGAUCGGAUCGCUGUAGGCCUGGGAACCGUGGUUUACACCUGGAGCAACAAAACCGGAACAACACCGCUGCAAACAAUAGAAGAGGUUAUUUCAUGCGUUUCAUAUAGUUACAAUGAUAUACUGGCUGUUGGUACCAAAACGGGCAGAAUUAUCAUAUAUUCUGAAAACUCAAGAACGAUCAAUACAACUUCGAUUCUUAGGCCCAGCACAGGGAUUUGCUGUAUUUGUUGGAUCAAGGACACAAACUCAUUUUUUGCAGGGGAUGAUCUAGGAGAAGUCACACUGUAUGAGUUGACCGAGGUAGAAAAUGGGCAGAAUUCACCUCAAUAUCGACUCUCUAUCGGGUGCUCUUUCAAAUGCAAUGAACAGCAAAUCUGUGGUAUCGACGUAAGUCCAGACAAGCGCCAAGUGACGGUUGGAGGAAAUGACAAUUGCUGUACCAUCUGGGACAUCACUGAUUUGCACAAACCAAUCUUGAAAUCCUGUCUUCCUCAUCAAGCUGCUGUCAAGGCUAUCGCAUACUGUCCAUGGAUGCCACAUUUACUAGCAACUGGGGGAGGAUCCAAAGAUCGAAACAUCAGAUUCUGGCACACAAACACAGGCACUUUACUCGACAAAAUCCAGACAAAGGGACAAGUUACGUCUUUGAUUUGGUCGAAAUCGAGGAAGGAGAUACUUGCAACCUUCGGAUUUGGUGAUAACACAGAAAAACCGGUUUUAAUAUCUGUUUAUUCGUAUCCAUCAAUGAAGUUGCAGGUUAAACUGGCAUCGACAUCAAACAUUAGGGUAUUGAGUGCGGUCUCUUCUCAUGACUCGAAGUCAAUUUGCACCGCAAUUAGCGACCAGUCUGUCCGGAUAUAUUCCAUCUGGAACUCAAAAUAUGAUCUCACCAAUGGUGAAUACGAUAGCGGACUUUUUGGCAGCGAGCUCAUCGAGUUGGAAGAAGGAGUUGAUAGCAGUUUUGAGAUUAUAAGAUGAAGACGGCUGAUCAUAAUUAGCUGCUGCAACACUUUAAUUGUAUAAUUAGGUAGCCAAACAUUAUUAACAUUGAGAACUCAUGAAGGAAUCCCUUCAAACUCGUUUUGUAGUUUAUGUUUGAGCAGUCGACGCCAAUGGCUUCUAUUGCGAUGAACUGGUAGUCUAUCCAUUUGAACAAUGAGAAGAAGCAAUAGAAGAACAAGCGCAAUGGCAGAUGCAAGACUUAUCAUCUCCUUGAAAAUGGUCUUGGAAACGAGGGGCUGGUAUGGGCAGACAGCAUUAGGUCCUCCAUUGACCCAGCAGUUUGAGCUCGAGAGCGAGUUCAUGUCGAUCCAAGCUGAUUUCUCGCCCCCCAAUAGAUUGAUAAGGGUGCGCUGUUCUAACGGUGAAGAAGGCACAGUAAAAACAUAGUCUCCAUCAAGUUGAGAGCAUGCCGCCCCAGCUUCAAAAUACGUGAACUUGUCGGAAGUCAGCUUUAUUCUCGUAGAGUUCAACCUGUCUGCGCACGCCACCUGAAAAUCUAAGUGACAGGACGUGGCCUUCCAUCCUGUGGGAGUUACUAUGCCACAUCUGUUCAGAUAAUCAUCUUUCUUAGCUUCCGAGGAAUCGUUCUUUCUUUUCAGCGACCUUGAUAUUGUGAGAUUUGGUUGAAAUGCAUCCCAAGACCACAUACUGUAUGGUAGCAAUUUUGAAAUCUGAAAUAAAUCUUGGCUUCUC